UUCUCUUGACUUGUACCAAAUGCCACUCAAUAAAUGGUAGUUUUAUUAAGAAAACCCUCUUAUUUAUACUCUCUCAUACAUUCCACUCUCCAGUGCAUUAUCAUCUUACUUCACCUUUACUCUCCCCUUCUCUCCCUGAGUAUUUCCUGCCAACGGAUUGGUGUUGAUUGAGGUCUUGAAGAACAUGGAUUCGAUCAAGAUUUUCAUGUGUUUUACCACACUCCUGUUUGCAUAUGCACAAGCAGCAACAUUGGCCGCCGAGUCACCGCCGAUUAUCUUGACACCAACUCCGGCACCGGCACCAGCGCCGGACUACGUUAACCUCACCGAGCUCCUGAGCGUCGCUGGUCCUUUCUCUACCUUCCUUAAAUACCUUGAAUCAACCAAAGUCAUCGAAACCCUACAAAAUCAAGCCAACAACACAGAAGAAGGAAUCACUCUGUUUGUACCCAAAGACAAAGCAUUUACUUCCCUGAAAAAACCCUCCCUGUCAAACCUCACCGCCGAUCAGCUCAAACAGCUCUGUCUUUUCCACGCGCUGCCACAUUACUACUCGCUUUCAGACUUCAAGAACCUGAGCGGCGCCGGCCCUGUUAACACGCUCGCCGGAGGUCAGUACACGCUGAACUUCACAGAUACCUCCGGCACCGUUCGUAUUGGGUCCGGUUGGACUAACACAAAAGUGAGCAGCAGUGUGCAUUCGACGGAUCCUGUUGCCAUUUACCAGGUGGACUGGGUGCUCCUUCCUGAAGCCAUUUUCGGAACUGAUAUUCCUCCUCCGGCACCUGCUCCGGCACCGGUGCCAGAUAUUGCUCCGGUUGCUGAUGCUCCAGAAGCAGAUGGUGGGAAAGGAAAGGGAAAGGCUGCGAGUUCAUCAUCGCCUUCCUCUUCUGACCGGAUUAUAGGGUGGAGCGUGUGGAGGUGCGUGAUGAUGGUGGUUGUUUCCGUUGGAUUUGCGGUGGUGUUGUAAGAUAAAGCAAAAUUGGGAUAUUUGAAUGAAGCUACGGAGAAUCGAUUUGAAUUGAUGAAAAGCAAGCCAUUCUUUUGAUGUCAGUAUUUAUAUGUAUUUCAUUGAUUGGUACUUGAAUGAGAAUUUGUAUUAUUUUUGUUGUAUAAUCUUCAUUUAUUCUAUUCUACAAAAUUACACUA